GUGAAUUGGCAUCCAUAUCUUUUAGAGUAUAAAGAUGGUUGGGUGGACAAGGGGAGCUGUAUAUGCAUCAUUGCUGAUUAUUGCGAUGAUGAAAAUAUGGCGGAGGUCAUGAGGAAGUCUAGACGUGCACUUUUCCCAGAAGAGAAACUCUGCAAAUGGCUGACUCAUCUAUUGUUAGCUUUGGAGCAUCUGCAUUCCAACCGCGUUCAUCAUAGAGACCUUAUGUUAUGUAACAUAUUCAUCACAAAGGACAACGACAUCAGGUUAGGUGAUUUUGGAUUUGGAAUAUUGCUAGAUGCAGAAGGCCAUGCUUCCUCGGUAUCUGGCACACCAAACGACAUGUGCCCUGAGCUCCUUGCCGGCAUACUCUAUGGCUAUAAAUCUGAUAUAUGGUCGCUUGGAUACUGUAUGUUUGACAUUGCUGCACAUCGACCCCAGUUUAAAGCUUCUGACUAAACUGGACUUAUCAACAAAAUAAACCGGGGUUUGUUCUCACCACUUCCGAUUAUAUACUCCUCUACCUUGAAACCGAUAAUAAAAAGCAUACUAAGGAAAACUCCAGAACACCGACCUACAGCUGCCGAGUUGUUGAGACAUCAACAUUUGCAACCAUACCUCCUCUUGUGUCACAACCCUUCAUCCUGUGAAGUCCCCGAGCAGAACGAAAGAGAAAAAAAAUCUAUCAGUCCGAGAGGUAGCAGAGACAGACAGUUGAAGCUAAAAGAGAAGAGAACUGUCCUUUACUUUGACGAAAGUGAUAACAUUCAGCCAAGAAACUUAUCUGACAAUUAUAACACGUUCCAAGCCAAACUUGACACUAAGAAAGUCGAUCCAACAAGCUACUCGGUUAGGAUCUCUCAAGAUAGUGAGGAUUCUAAAAGUGGGGAGAUGAGUGAGGCAGAUGUUUGCAAUGGAUAUGAUCAACAGGAGACUAUCUCACAAACAGAAACUACGAUCACUCCAAGCUCGUCAAGUUCAAGGGCAAAAACAUGGUCUGAGGAACAAGAGCAUGUUUCUCCGGAGCAUGUUAGUCGAUUUGAUGAGGGUGAUACAAAGAAUAACAAGACAAAAGAGCUUGAGGUGUUGAGCAGUCCACUGGACCAUGAGGAAGCAGAUAUAGUGGAAUGUAUCUCCGCAAAAUCUAGCAGAAUGACAUUGUCUGAUGGAAGAGUCAACGAUAAAACACGAUCCUUCGAUGAAGAAAGCACUUCAUCUAAUUCACAGUCGGCAAAACCAGAUCUAGAGGCAGCACCAAGAUGCUGUGCUAAGAAAGACGCUCUUCGAGCACUGGAUGAUAAGGUUUCGCAGCUCAAGUCACUUGCCGCAUUAGCUAGUAAGGAGGACAAAUACGAAUGGGGUAAUCCCACUGAACAAAGAGUUGAAGCUUUAGAGUCUCUUUUGGAGACUAGCUUCUUGAAGAGCUCACCGAGAGGUGCAUUGCAUCAGCUUGAUAUUUGUUGGAAACUAAGUAUUUGUGGAAGUACGUUGAAGCUGAGGUCGACAAUAUUCAAUACUCGAAAGAUUAACAGAAAACAGUUUGCUGUGGAGUGA